AUGUCAGAGACACGCACGAUAACAACUCGCGGGCAAUUUCAUAAUGUCACUGAUCAUCUAAGGUCGGAUGGGUAUACUAGUGUUGCCGUGAUCACUUCGGAAGACAAUUGUCCUCAUCAAUUUAAGCUCUGCACGCGAAAACCUGCGACGACAGUGCCAACGAUGGCAUCGCCAAUAUUCGGUGGAAUAGGAUCUGUUGAAGGAGAAUUGGUCGUCCAUCUAAGAAGAUUUCAGGUGAUAAGUCAGGUUACUGUCUCUCCAUACAGCGACCCACUCGCAUGGAAGACUAUUGUCUUGGGCAAACCGCAGACAGUGCUUGCGAAUUAUCCUCCUAAUAGCAUUGAACCUUUGCCACGACAUGCGAUUCCAGGGCAAACUGUACUUCAUUGCAACUUGGUCCCGUCAAGGACAAUCAUCUGA